AUGGAUAACAAAAGUGACAUAAUCAGGGUGAAGGAAGAGCCAAACGAUACUUGGAUGAAUACCAGUGACGGUUACGUUUUCAGUUCGGUGGACUGUUGCAAAGCCGAAAACUCUGAAACAGUGCCGUUUCGUAAAUCAUCGGCAAAACAUGUCAAUGAGGCUGCGACGUUUCAAGAGAGGUUAAAUGAAAAAAUAAUCAUAGAUAUUGAGUGCAGAGAUGUUAAACCUGAAAUACCUUAUUUAUCGAAAACCGCCUGCAAAUUGGAGUAUCAAAGUCAUCAUCCUUAUGUGGAAAAAGAAAAUGCGGAUCCGACGAAUUAUACGAGUGAGAAAAGAUUAAUUAUUUUGAUAAAAAAAGGAUUUAACUACGAUAACAACUGUCAAAUGAAUAUGAAAAUUCCCGUAAAACUGGUCGAAUAUAAAAAGCAAAAAAGUUUUGAGGAAAUUGUUGAAAAAAAUUCAUCGUGUCAAACGAAAAUAAGUCGAAAAACUUAUAUAUCAAGAGCAAGUAUUAAAAAUCAUUCGUUAGGGAUACUUCGAAGUAAUAGACAGUACCUCUUCGAAUGUGAAUUGUGCCAUAAAUUAUUUAGACACAAAGGCCAUCUAAAUGUGCACAUAAAUACAGUCCAUUAUCGUAGCAAACCUUACGACUGUGAUAUUUGUCAUAAAUCAUUUGGGCUCAAAAGUCAUCUUAAUACUCACAUAAAUACAGUUCAUGCUCCUAUGAAACUCUUUGAAUGUGAGAUUUGUCACAAAUUAUUUGGAGCAAGAGGUAACCUCAACAUUCACAUAAAUACAGUACAUAAUCGCAGCAAACCGUUCGAAUGUAGUAUUUGUCAUAAAUCAUUUGGACGAAAAGAUUAUCUCAAAACUCAUUUAUACACAGUACACGGUCAUAAGAAACCCUUUGACUGUGAGAUUUGUUGCAAAUCAUUUGGAUACAAAAGUCACCUUAAAUCUCAUGUAAUGACUGUACAUGACCGGAUUAAACCCUUCGAGUGUGAUAUUUGUUACAAAUCAUUUGGACGAAAAACUCACCUUAAACCUCACAUAAAUGCAGUACAUAACGGGAAUAAACCCUUCGAGUGUGAUAUUUGUCAUAAAUCGUUUGCAGAAAAGAGUAAUAUCAGAAAACAUAUAAAUAGAGUACAUAUCCGUAGCAAACCCUUCGAAUGUGAGAUUUGUCAAAAAUCAUUUGGACGAAAGAGCAAUCUCAUAACUCACAUAACUGAAGUACAUAAUCGUAGCAAACCCUUCGAAUGUAACAUUUGUAAUAAAUCAUUUGGAAACAAAAGUCAUCUUAAUGCUCACAUAAAUACAGUUCAUUGUACUAUUUGUCACAAAUCAUUCGGACACAAAAGUACUCUCAAAUCUCACAUAAAUGCAGUACAUAAUCGUAGAAAACCCUUUACAUGUGAUAUUUGACAUAAAUCACUUACACUAAAAACGCAUCUCAAAGU